AUGUGCUUUGAGGACGAACCUGAAAACUAGAAGAAGCAAUAUUUGCAGUUUCAAUAGCGGAAAGCGAGCGUUUACUUUGGUUUGAAACGUUUAAAACUCAACCAAGAAUUUAUAAACAGCAAGCAAAUUCGAUGUCGUCUGCCUCCUUCAUCGUGAAAGCUCUGCUCACUCGAUCUAUUUUUGCCGGCCAUAUUAUCGUGUCUGUUUGGUGGGUCGUGCAACUGACACGCAAUACAAAAUUAUGGAAUCUGGCAUUUUUCGAAGGAUUGCUAUUUCUGGAAACGCUGUUCUCUGUGUUCUACCGAGGGGGACAAGAAUUCAAAUGGUUUUCUCCUUCAAUUUUUUGUCACCUGAUUGGAAUCAUUCCCUGUGCAUGGAUCUUGGAAUUUCAUCUUCUGGAGGCGAGAAAAAAUGGCAAUUUGACCAGUGACAAGCUUGAUUCGAACGUGCUGAUAGUCUCAGCAGAGAGGUGGACAGAUCUAAUAGAACAGACAACCAUGUUGAUGAUGAUUCUAGGCCGCUGGCUGCUCCCUACAGCACGAGGCAUGACAAAGGACUCCCUCUCACAGCUCCUCCUUGUCAAUCUAGCCAUGUGCGCAGAUAUCAUCGAGUUCUUCGACAUUCUUAAACUGAGCUUCGUGAAAUCUUCUCAGACGCUCAUAGUGACAAUUCUUUGCCUAUGGACUUGGAGUUUGAUGCAGUUUCCAUUCAACACCAUGUUAAAACUUGACAUCGAAGAUGAAGGGUCGGACGAGAAAAAGACAGCAAAAAAUAUCGGUAAAACUUUGCGGGGGAAAAGAGCAAUUGCGCCGUAUGAAGAGGAGAUGGAUAUGCCAAACAGAGCUUCAAUGACGUCAAUAGACUUUAGGCAAGCCAUUGCUGCCAAGAGAAUGUCACGUGACAUUCUACUGAUGUCACAUAACUAUUCACGUGGAUUACCAGCUGGUUAUCUGCCAGAUUUUCGGCGAAAUUCAUAUCAGCCUCAUGUAAGGGGCAAUGAUUAUCCCGGGCCUAACACGAACCACGCCCAAGAAGGCAUUUUAAAUGAGCAAUCGAGAGGAUCUGGGCGCUUUUCCUUAGAUGUGGGACAAAUGAGACCGAAAGGCCCGACGGGAAAUAUGACGACAUCAAUUACGUCACCGAAUCUCAGGCUUGACUUGAAGGGACUACAGGAGGACACGAUUCGCUCCAAGGAAAAAUCUGCACGAGCCAGUUCAGACGCACUGGAGACAAAUGUCGAUAUAGAGGCUGAUUCCUCAGAGGAGGAAGAAACGAAAAAGUCACGCAUAACAAUAGAACUGUUAGGGAUUCUCAUGUCUCUAUUCAUGCAAGACGGACCAUUCCUUACCUUUCGUUUAUUCAUAAUCGCCCAAUAUGGCGCAUACGAGUACAUGGUGAUUUUCUUGACCGCAAAAAAUGCGCUAGUCCUGGCGUUACAAGUAUACCGGCUUUGUGUUCUUCAUUGCGCGUGUUAUGACCAUAAGGAGAACGAUUUCUCGCCCGAGAACGAGAUCGAUGCUAAUUCUCGGCUCAAAAACGUCCAGGUAGCCAUAUCACACGGGGGUAAUGAAGAAUCCGAGGACGAGUCUAUUCAUGCAAUGGGCUGGAAUUUCUCGAGGAAAUGGCGGAGGAGCUUUAAAAAUCCAUUUUCUUCCUCGCACUUAUCCGAUUCGCAAGCACAUUUAGCGCCAUAAUACGCUAAACAUGCUUAGCCAUUACGGUGGAAAGAAGGGGUGGGGAAGAGACACUGUGCUCUCUGAUGAGACAAU